UCAGCAAUCAAGGCGCUGCCAACGUGCAUCUUAGGUAAUACAGAGCACGUUUCAUCAUAUUAAGCCUUCUAAAUGUUGUAAUGGCUAUAUGUUGAUGUAGCUGUCAUGUACCAACUUCAAAUUUCGUGCCAACGGCGUGCGGCGCCAUUCCCCUUCGACAAGAAGCGCACGCCGCAUCGGUUUUUCCCUACUUCGCGAACAGCCAAUAUGGCGGCCCUCUCGGCUUCAUCUCCCGCGUUGGACGCCGCGUCAAUCUUGCCGCUGUUUUCUCGAUCAAGCCGUCCCUAGAGGGCGCAGAGUGCCAGCAGGAUGCCCAAGCGGGCGCGCAUCAAGAACAACGGCGAAGCGGCGCCGCCUCCGCGAGCCUCUCCGCGGGUGGCCAAGCGUCAGCUGUUGAGCGGGCAGCCAGCUGACGAAAACCACACGAUGGUGCGCAAGUGCGAGAAAGUGAGCUGCCAUGAGACCAGGCCCAGCUGCUUUGCCCGCACCUCCAAGAGGUGCUGUGGUGACGGCUACACUUCCCGGUGGUACCAUCUCUCGUCGGGCGAACAUUUCUGCAAUGAGUGCUUCGACUACUAUUAUCGCAGUACCAAGCCCGGCUACGUGGAGUACUCGAGUUGGCGGGAGCACUGGUCGCACAACGCCCGCUCGGAGGCCUCGCUUCGCCUCUUCAUGGCCGACCAGGUCUUGCCGUUCUGGGCACAGUGCGUGCGCUGUCGCAAGUGGCGUCGCCUACCCAAGGGGGACGACCUCACACCGGAGUUCGUCGACUCGUUCACCUGCAGCGACAUCCCGUCGUACGACGACAACACAGAGGACACAAAAACUGACGACUGCUCUGUUCCUGAAGACCCGAAUGCGGCGGCGGCCAUGCAGCCCGAGUGGAUCUGCACGCUGACGCAGCCGCCAUUUCUCAUCGGCUCUCCAGCGCAGCAGUUCCUGGGCGACUACUUUGCCGACGGGGUUGGAAUGAGUCCCUCCUCCGAGGGCCCCAAGGCCGCUCCUGCUGCUCCCGAGAAGACCACACGGCAACAGAAUGGCACCAGUACCACCACCAACUGCUACCUUGAGCCAGGGCAGCUGGCACAGCUGCUGCAGCCCUUCUACCGCCCCGGGGAACAGGGCAAGGCACUGUGCUUCCACCCGGACAUCAUGGAAACCUACGAGAUGGACGCCUUCCCGGAGUACGCACGAGAACAGGUGAUGUACCUAGGUGUACGCAACGUGGUGCUCGCACUGUGGGCCCUGCGGCCCCAUGCUUGGUUGGACCUGGUGUGGGUGUCGCGACACCUUCUGUGCCGGGGCCUGGCGCGCAUCCGGUGCCUGUUGGAGGCGCACAGGGUGCUCCGGUUCUUCACCGCGCGCGGCCUCAUCAACCACGGCGCCCUGCCCUCGCUGCGAAGCUCCCCGCCGCUGCCUCCGUCUUGCCGACAGAAGCGGGUGCUGGUUGUGGGUGCGGGCCCUGCGGGCCUGUCGGCAGCGCGGCACCUGCACCGGCUGGGCAUGCAGGUGACGUUGCUUGAAGCAUCGGAUCGCAUCGGGGGCCGAGUGCGCGACGACACUUCCUUGGGCGUCUGCGUCGGCAUGGGUGCCCACAUCGUCACGGGCGUCACCAACAGCCCGCUGACAACGCUGUGCCUGCAGACUGGCCAUGGCAUACGGCUCAUCCGCGACCACUGUGACCUGUACACGACCAAGGGUCACAUCGUGUCGUCCGAGCGUGACCACCGGGUCGAGUUUCACUUCAACGCCAUGCUGGACGCCGUGGCACAGUGGCGUCUCGGGCAGACCAAGGACAUCUGCCUCUUUGACAAACUCAUGGAGAUGCACCAGAGCUUCUUGGAGGAGACGCAGAUGGUCUUCAGUGAUGAAGAGAACAACGUGCUCCAGUUCCACAUUGGCAACCUGGAGUAUGCGUGCGGGGCGCCACUGCGUGAGGUGUCGGCCCUGCAGUGGGACCAGAACGAGCGUUUCCCCCAGUUCAGCGGUCAGCACGCACUCGUCCCGGAUGGCUUCGGCCGUCUCCUGCAGGCCCUGGCCGAAGGCCUCGACAUCCGUUACGGGCACAAGGUGACGACGAUAGAGUACGGUUCUGAGGAAGGGGGCGUGCGGGUCUUUACGGAGCGAUCCACCUCCCACAACGGCAAGGAGGAGAAGGAAGAGGAAGAGGAGGGAAAGUUCUCGGCCGACUUUGCUCUGGUGACGGUGCCAUUGGCCAUCCUGCAGCAGCAGGAGAUCCAGUUCUUGCCGCCUCUACCCAAGGGCAAAAUGGCCGCACUCAAGGAUUUAGGCGCAGGCGUCAUCGAAAAGGUGGCCCUCAAGUUCUCUCGGCCCUUCUGGUCCGCUCAAGUGACGUCCGCAGACUUCUUCGGCCAUGUGCCAUCGUCGCCCGAGCAGCGCGGUCUCUUCAGCGUCUUCUUUGACCUCAGCCCCCGGACACAGCCCAAGAAGAACCCAUCAUAUGUCCUGAUGACCUACGUGAGCGGUGAUGCCAUUGACCUGAUUGCAAACAAGAAGGAUGACGAGGUGGUGGCCAUGUGCAUGGAUGUGCUGCGGAACAUUUUCCGCGACCAGACGGUGCCCGACCCGAAGGGCUACACCGUGACCCACUGGCGGGACAGCCCCUAUUCACGCAUGGUCUACAGCUACGUGCGCUGUGGGGGCUCGGGCGAGGCGUACACCACUCUGGCCGAGCCACUGGCUGAUCGGCUCUUCUUCGCUGGCGAGGGUACGAGCCGGAUGUUCCCACAGACCGUGAGCGGGGCUUACAUGAGUGGUCUGCGGGAAGCCUGGAAUAUCCUUCGCCGCCUGCCACUGGGCCUCGAGCCCGACCUGAUGCUGGACGUCUGAGCUGGCCACCGAGCCGGCUGCCGAGCUGACCGCUGGGUCGGCCACCUUUCGAGACGUCUGCAUCUGAGCCGAAGCAACCUGUUUUGUGUGUCCGUGUGUGGAAACAAUGUGCGGAUUGCCAAGGCAACGGAGUGAACUUCCAAGAGGCUGCAGUGCUUCGUGCCCUUCGUUCGUUGCGUUCGGUUAUUUCAUUUGAGCUACACUUGCGAGAGCUUACCAAGGAGCCAACCUACUUGCACGGCUGUCGCGAUGGCGCAUUGACCGGCUGAGUUAUGGUUUUGAGUGAAGAGGUGAGUAAAGAGUACAAGCUGAGGGUUUGAACUGAGACCUUAGGAAGGGUGGCGAGGUUCUUCCCGAGUGCACUAGUUUUUCAAGUUUCUGCUGUUACUUUUUACUUCCAUCAUCGUGCACUUCCAGUUCCAUUUUGUCUCAACAUCUGCUCUCCAUCUGAAUGUGCGCAUUCCCACAAAAAUGUGAAGGAAAAGACUGCAGCGUGUGCUGCAGGUGGCAAACGAGACCCGACUGUGAAGACUGUGGCUUCCUACUUAGGGUGCUGUGUGUGUGUUUCUUCUUCUUUAAAUUAAUGAGAAGAGCCUUAGCACCGUGACGGAACACGAUGACCUGACCAACCGGCACUUGUGUGAGUGUUGUGGCUAGCAGGGUAGUCGUCACUGUGGCUACUCCAUGGGUCUGGAGUUGAAGGAAAUGCAUCACGAGGCCCUGCACGUACGGGGUGGUCCCCAUUCCAAGCGGGCUUCCCUCUCUUCUUUUUUUUUUCUUUCUUUUUUUUAACUUUGCAGUGACGAGAUAGGUUGUGAGCUUUUGUUAGCACAAUUGUUCUCGGCUUCUUCGCUGAUUGUUGGUACCGCAAUUGCUGGUAAACUUAAUUAUGUUAGUGACGUGAAUGAUUUCCAUGUGCUAACAGUUGAAAGAGCAGCAGUUGCGUGGUGAUUUUGGAAAUUCUAUAUCUCAGAAUCGAACGCCGGCUAACCUAAAGGCCUUGUAAGCCACUGGACGCUGUGUUGGACACUUGAUUACUUUGCCAUUAUGUAUGUUACCAGGAGAGAUUUAAACGGGAAUGAUACAAAUUACAGUCCAGCUGCAACAAAAUUUUGAAACACAUAAGAAGCUUCGUUUCAGGUAGGGCAAAUACAGAGCAGCCUUUGUGCAAAAUUUCGUUCGAAAUACGAGCCGAUGCGUCGCAAAAGUUCGGAAAUAGAAAUCUUAAUUGCCGCCAUUACCUGUUGUCAGAGACGGUGCACUGCCCAGAACACGCCAUUUCUCAGCAUGGCCUCCGAGAUUGGGUACCUCCCAUGGCAUGCUGAAAAAAUCUUGGAGGCCACAUGCUGGGGACUCGCGACAUGUCCACUAACCACCAGGUGCAUGCAUCAUCUGCUUUGGCACUGUUGAAAGGCUGCUGAUAAGAAAAUUGGAGAUUUACCAGCCUUGCUGCUUUGCCUAGGCUGCUUCACUAGUUAUAUACUACUCAUAACUAGUUUAGCCAAAGUGAAAUUUCGUUGCAGCUGGCGUUUUAAAGGCUGCUAAUUUUAAAGAUGGGAUAGUUGCCAGCCCUGCAGCUUUGGCAUGACUGCUUCUAUAGUACACUCAUGAGCAAAAGUAUAUUUCGGGCUCGCCGAAAAGACUGAAUUUAUUUGUAAUUCAUACGCACAAAUGAGAAUUGACGAGUGCACUGGAAUGUUCUCAAUGCCAAGUUUACACGGCAGCCCUCAAUUUCAAGUUGCAUUAAUCGGCUCAGAAGAAAAUUGACUCCAUCAUGGUAUCCCUGGUCUCCAUAUUUUUGCUUAGUGGAGUACGUAUUCCUCAUUUGUCAACAACUUUGUCACAGUGAAACUUUCAUGCAGUUGGCCUCUGAAGACGCAUCAGUCCACAUAAAUUGCCCUCUGAGCCUUUUAUGAUCUUCGCUGAAUGGAACUGAAACCUGCGCCGAGCGUGGUGUGAAUGAACACUCAUAAUGCGACUGCCUGCUUUCCAUAACACUGCCAACAAGCCUCGCCUCUCGUUCGCCUAAUUUCUGGUGAGCGGAGCAUCCACUGGAUCUGGCUCUGCGGCCACGACGGUGUGCACUUCACACAGGUACGCCAAAGUAGCAGCAAUGACGCAUUUCACCAGUGGAGUGUGCGAGCGUCUAUAAAUGAAGGCUGCAGUUUGUUUCUUGCUUUCCCUUCCCUACGCUGCAUGGAACAAAGUGACCCUUGUUUCCCAUUCUUUCAUUCCUCGCGUCAUCCAUCUUUUUCACAUACCAUUUCUUUUUGUAGUUACCAGAGCUCGCAAAGUUCACCUUCAUGGAAUGCCUAAAGCAAGGUUUUGUUCAAAAAGUUCUUUCAUGGCACGCAACUUGUACAUUGCUUUACAUUCCCAUGUUGAUUUAUUUCUGGCACCAAAGCGCUUGCUUGUUUAUGUUUGGGAGUCGUUUCUUUAUUAACCAAUGCAGUGCCGUGACGGAUGUUUCUUGUUUUGUAGGAGAAAAUCACUUAUUUCUGUUGGUAUACACGGCGCCAACUUAGCACACGUUUGAGCUGUUGUGUACAGUGACCUGUGCGCACGCUCUUUACCCAUUCUUCCAAGCCUCCAGUGAAUAUACCAGGCUAGCAUAGGCUUCCAUUUUUACAGGCACCUGCAGCCUGCUGUAUGGAAGACACAAAGCCCUAUGACUGUGAUAGGCCAGCACUGAAAGGAGGGAGUGGGGUGCUGUGUGUAGAGUGGGCAAGGCCCAGUGCUCUGCGUAGCGCACUGUCGUCGAACUUUACAGAGCCUGUCCGAGUUUGUUGACCCCUGUUCUUACAAAUGUGGCUUGGCUCCAACCUUUUUAUUGGCUUCGUUAGGCAGAGCGCAGCACAGCCCCGAGAUCUAAAGUAGUCGCAGCGUGGCAACAACAUUCUUUGGAUAUUGCGGCACACAAAAAUUGUCUAGGAAACACCCUUCCGUUCCAGUGCUUUAGUGAGCAGAUGUUGAAAGGCCGUGGUUGUAACAUUAAUUGUAGCUUGUGCUUCUACGAGAGACUCUGUUGAACAGUAGCAACUACUUAGUCAUGGCGUGACGCUGCCCUCUGUUCGGUGGAGUUGAAGCCGAGCUAAUAGGGGCGCAUCUGUAAACCCUAGCAUGCGUGAACCUAAUGCUGCGGCAGUGAUGGUGUUUGACUGGAACAAGAGUCCUCGUGCGACGUUCAGUGGCCACUCAAAUGCUUGCCAUUCAGAAGGAAGGAAUGACCCUGCAGAAAGCUAUUAAUCUCUCACCCAUGUUCCCCGUUUUAUGCAGAAUGCAUGUUUUAUAAUAUCCUGUACUUUUUCUAGGUUCUCUUCUGGUGGCUCUCGUUCCCACAUUAGAGUCUGGAUUGCAUGCAACCCUUUGUGCUUCAUUCACGUCAGCAUGCGUGUGUGUCGAUCCCCUGCGCAGACGAUGACCAUUGUAGGCUCUCUCUGCAGUACAAUGAGCCAUGUUUCUGUUAACCUUCACCAGGACUUCACUUCCUUGGUGUAACGUGGGAAGGCUGCAUCAGGCAAGCUCCGCACUUGCUUCCUUCAAGUUCAGCCUUCAUUUCACAUUUUGUGCCUGUCCUGAUUUGUUCUGUUGAAGAAAAAAAAACUGUACAAACAGCAAGAAAUACUCCGUCUGUAGAUUAUAUGUGGCCAGCCAGCCGUGUAAAUACAGCCUUGCAUGUGAGCAUGUUGCUUGCGUAUAUGUACAAUUUCCAUGAAAUGUGUAGAGCUGCAAAUAUUUGUGGUGAAAGUGCAUGUUUGUGUGCACGUGGAAUCUGUAGAGAAGAAAAGGAUGUCUGGCUCCUCCUAUUGGUAUUACAGCAGUUUCCUAACAUCUGGUAAGCAAAUGAAACUUGUCAGCUGAUGAAGAGUAUGCGGAGGGCCACCUGAAGCUCACCCAGGCAAAGCAUGUCACCAGAUGGGAAACCAUGGGAACAUUUCCAACGUUUCCCAGGUGAAGCAUGCAAGCUGGUGGGUCCCCACAGGGCCCCAUAGCCCUUUUGGGCAUAGCCAAAACAUGUCAGCUGAUGGGGACCCAUAAAGAAACUUAAGAUGUCUAGGUGAAGUAUGUCAAGUUGAGUGGUGCCCACAGGGCCACAUAGACUACCUUGGCAGCAUGUUAACUGCUGGGAACACACAAAGCCACUUAGAAUGUUAAUAGGCACCAUCAAGUACGGUGUGAAAAAUGUUACGUAAAAACAGGGCGGCAUGCAUUGUUUAAUCGGGACAUUCUGCAGGAGACAAAAUGCAGGCUUGUGGUUUCGGAACAUCAAAGAUAGACUUUCAUAGCUUUUGUAAGCAUGUUGCGUUUUUCUAUUCCUUAAUUUUCAACUUACUUUGAUAAAGUGUAAUGGUAUUACAAGUGGCAGCUAACAUUUGAAGUUGACUGAAAACAUCGGGCAUACUUGUGGGGAAAAGUGCUGUCCUUAGAGUGGUUGUCCAAAUCGUGAACGCUUUUGUCAAUUUUUGUUGAAUGUUUCACUCAAAAGACCCAAUCAUUGUGUGGGAGACUAUUGGCACAUUACUCGUGCAUUAUGUCUCUCCCUGUAUGACACUACUGUUACCUAAAGCUAGAUCUUGUGCAUCAGAUUUUUAUAUUUUUUUGAAUUUUUCACACAAUGUGCUUUUGUGUCAUCCUGUGUCCACCUUUACAAAGAGUAAAAUGUGUGGUGGAUCUGUACACAUUGCAAAAGCAAGAAUCAGGUGAAGUUAUUCUGUCCAUAACACUUGUACAUUGCAUCUUCUGAACACAUUACACGUUGCUUUGGCCUCUUUUACCUCUGCAUACUUAGCGGUAAGAAUGCAUUGACUCUGCCAUGUUAAAAAUUGAUCAAAGUUGGGAGUUGCCCUAAUGUAAAACUAGUACCCUACUAUUUUUGGGUGAGUAUUUGUUUAACGUUUGUUACUGUAAAGUGAACGUCAUCAGCAUUGACGUCGAUGCAGAGGAAGAAUGUGCUCUGUCAGCACCAGAAGGGUUGCUCCACAGGUGCUGGUUGCAAUUGCGGCAAAUAAUUUCAUUGUUUUUCGUAACGUGUUGUGCUGUUGUCAUCUUAUGCUGCCGUAAUUGGGGCUGACAGCAUGAACAGCCUCGACUUGUGCAAGCGACGUUUGUGCCAUGUGCAACCACCACUUUUCAUUUCAAACCUAUCGUUAGCUCUACCACCUGCCAUUCAACAGAAUGUAAAAGCCCUCAAAAGUGUCACUGUGAGGCUGCCCGAGUUUUUGUGAUUCCUUCCCCCACCGUGAUAAGCACAGUGAUGCCUUUGUUGCUUUGUAAAUAAACGUUCGCUGAGCCACCAAA